AUGAACGUACAACCUGCUUCAGGUUCGGCUGCGCCUUCUACUUGGGGUGAGAUUUAUCAAUUUCCAGGCCGGACAUCUAGGGAAAUCCUUCUGAGAGCAAGAGAGCUAUGCCUCAGUGGGGAUAUCCAACAAUUCCGCGACCUCAUUGACUCGGCGCAAUCGUCAUCGGAGAACUUUCAUAUAGAUGACUUCGGUAUUAUCAUGGGGCAGGCUGUCGAGCAAGACAGCGUGAUCUUCAUGCGGGAGCUGAUGGAUCGUGGCUUUCCCACGCAUUCAAUCUACGCCCGGAACGCGACCAGAUUCAAAUCCAAGAAUGCACUCGCCCUUCUUAUUGAGAAGGGAUGGGAUAUCAACGAGCCAAUGUGCGAGACCCAACCCCCCGUCCUAGGCAUUGCCAUAGAGGACGAAGAGAUGACAACUUGGUUUUUGGAUCAUGGAGCCGAUCCUAAUAGACGUACAUUCAUAGACCUUACCCCGCUUUCGUGGGCUGUUGAAAGAUCACCCGUUUUCAUUAUCCGCCUCAUGCUGGAUUAUUGCCAAAAUAUUCAUCCAGGCCAGCUGCUUCAUCAUGUGAUCCAACGCGAAUCUGACACUAUCGAAGUACUGGAAAUGUUAAUUCAGAAGGGAGCGCCUCUUAACACUCCCGUGCACGAAGACCUUCCUACCUUAUCGAUUCUUUGCUUUAUGCCUCUAGGAACUGCUCUGCACCGGGCAUGUGAGCUCGGAAAAGUGGAUGUGGUUCGCUAUCUCCUCAGCAAAGGAGCCGACCAGAGUGUCAGAGAUAGUAAUGGACUUACAGCUAUUGAACUGGCUGCUAGAUUGAACCAGCAAGAAGUGGUUGAAGUUCUGCAGAAUCAUGGAAAUGGCGAUAAUCCCUUUGGCCUCUUCUAA